CUAAUCAAAUAGUUCAGUUUCAUCCCAUGACGGAGUUGGACUAUAAUACAUCCAGAUGAACAGAGUAGAAAAUUAUUCAGACUGUGAAUCCUUUAAAUAAAACAAUGUCUAGUAUACUACUACUAUAGUGCCUGGUAUAGGUUAUUAUCUGACCUAAGCAAAGAUGUGGAGAGGUUUCUCGCUGUUCAUCCUUGCCUCAGGAUGGAUCCAGGUAGCGCUGACCGUAUCAGAAUUAGAGAUCAAGAGCUUUGUUCAAGAUGCAGAAACUAAACUUGAGAUUGAAUCUAUUAAAGCGACGCAUGCAUCUUGGAAUUUUGAGAGCAAUAUUACAGAUGAGACACAGGCCCUCAGUCUAGAUGCUCAGGAUGCUUAUGACGCUCUAUUUAAGAAAAUAGGAAAAGAUGCGCAAAGAUAUUCUAAAGAAAAUAUUCAAGAUCCAGAUGUCAAGCGGAAACUGAAACUACUUUCUAAUCUGGGAACUGCGGUCCUUAGGCCAGAUAUUCUCAGAAAGUUCAACAAGUUGAAGGCAGAAAUGGGAAAGAAAUACAGCACAGCUAAGGUGAAGGACUAUGAGAGUAUGCUCCUGGAUUACAGUUUAGAACCAGAACUUACCCAAACAAUGGCCGAGUCAAGGGACCCAGCUGAGCUUGAAUAUUAUUGGACACAAUGGAGGGAUCAAUCAGGCAAACAGAUUAAGGAUAUGUACAAGGAAUAUGUUGAACACUACAAUAAUGCUGCAGUUCUAAACGGGUUCAAGGAAAUGGAAAACACUUGGCAAGGAUUAAAACCUUUGUACGAAGAGCUUCAUGCUUACGUUAGGAACAAGUUAAACAAGCAUUAUGGAGAUUCUGUUCUUAAAAAUUCAGGACCUAUACCUGCUCAUCUACUAGGAAAUAUGUGGGCUCAGCAGUGGAAUAAUAUAGCAGAUAUCUUGACACCCUUUCCUGCUAAACCUACAAUAAAUGUGACUGGAGAGAUGGCAAGGAAAAUGUUAUAUCUAAUCAUUGAACUAUUCAAUACUUUUGUUUAAGAAAGAUUCAUCUUG